GGUUGGAGAGAGAGAGAAUGACAGAGGGUGGACGAGCGGGUGGGUGCUGUGAAAUCUGUUAACAGGGGAGCUCUGUGCAUUUGUUAGACGUCUUGGCUGCUUGCCCAACUUGGCUCAUUGUAAUCGAGGCAUGAUCGUCGACUCCAGGCAGCCCUCUCUGCCGCCUCGGCAGCCUCGCGCCUGGACUCAGCCCAGCUCUCCCCGCUGACAUGGAAAGACCUAGCCCCAGCGACAUGAUGCCCAAGAGGGAUCAAGAAAGGGAUGUGGAGCUGGACAAGAAGAUUGAGGCUCUCCGCCGGAAGAAUGAGGCGCUCAUGAAGAGGUACAAGGAGGUGGAGGAAGACAAGAAAAGGGCAGAGGAGGACGGAAUGGCACUGCAGAGUCGCAAGGGCAAAGCUGAUGAUCUCACCAUCACGAUCAGCAAGUCAACCAGUCAGGAUAGUCGUGUUGUGCUGACAAAGCCAUUCAGUGGUGGUUCACCAGCUGGAAAAGGACAGCAGGAGGCUGGGCCUGACAGGGGGGGAGAGGGCCCCUCGCAGAGCACUGCCCAGGGCCACAGGAAGCAGUUAACGGUCACCAUGGCAGGCAAAACGGGUAAGAGGGUGGUGAGUGAGAGGCCUGAGAAGAGGCCGGAUGCCACAGACGUCAAGAGCCCUACGGAAGAUGGACUGGUGAGGCGCGUGGAGUCAGCUGGGAGGGGGAAGCAACAACCUCACAUGACCAAAAGAAGCACAUCAUCAGCAGCCUCACAGGAGCCAGCGAGCCCUCAUGCCAGCACAGACCUCGACAUCCCCACACAGAAAGAAGAGCAGGAGGAGUAUCUGAGGUGGAAGAGAGAGCGUGAGCAGAUCGACAAGGAAAGAGUGGCUCGGCAUAAAAACGCAAAGGGCCAGUGGAGAAGGGCAUGGGACGUGGACAAAACUGAGAACAUGUUUUCAGACAAAACCCUGCCUGAUAGAGACUGGGGGCCUUGUAGCAGAGGUGGACGAAGUGCUAGAAAAGGACAACCCAGGGCAAAUGUGGACCCAAAAGGUCGUGAGAAGCGAGGAAAAGACAAGGGAGCUAAAAAAGUACUGGUGAUGAGCAGUAAAGCUAAAGGCAAAGAUCGCUUGACUGGGAGGGCCAGGAGAUGGCAGGCAGGUGAAGAGGGUGAGAACGUACAGAGGUCUGAUACAACAUUGGAGGAACUCGAUGCCCUCACAGAUGUUGAUGUAGAAGAUCAGACAGGUCAGGACACAAAAACGUCACCCAGCUCAGAUCCGCUGAAUGUGUCUGAGGAAGUGAGUGGAUCUGCAGCACCCGUGUCAGCCGCUACAUCGAGAGAGGACGCCUCCUCUCAGGGGUGCCCAGAGGCCUCAUCUCCCCGGAGUUCAGAGAAGAAAGUACGCUUCUCGGAGGAGCUGAUCCAGGGAGCUCGUACGAGGCAAAUCGCAGACUCUCAGGACUCUGCCAGCUCGGAAUCUAGCUUAAAAGCUUCAUCACCUAAAAAGAACAAACAGGAAGUGCAAGGUUCACAGCAGCCUCUCGAAAGUGCCAAGCAGGAUGACGGAAGUCCUCAGGAUCAGGGCGGUGAUCCGUCUGCUCAUCCUGUCGCCCAGCGGGAGUCUUAUGAAAUUGAAUGUACUAAAAAAGACAGCAACCCCCCCACAUCUCCCAACUUGUCCCUUCCUGAAAAAGCCUGUGCCUCUCCAGAGAAGGCCUCUCUCCAGCCGGUAGAGCUUGCUAAGUUCAAUAUCAGCAACACAAACACAGAGGAGCUAAUAGACUCCGGUCUGUCUGUCCUGAGCCUGGAGUCAGGAGAAACACACCCGACACAUUGUACCAGCAGUGACAAGGCGAGAGAACACGGGAAGAUUGUCUGACUGACAUUUUCAGGACGGAAACACCGAAACCAAAACACAGCCACACAGAGGGACACAAAGCUCUCGUGUCUUUGUAUUCGGAGGCUUCAUUUCGCUUCAGGUUGCUCUUUUUCGUGAUGAGAAGUUUACGGCUCACACGCAAAACUUUGGUUAUUAAUUUUGCUGUGGCGUGUGGCCUCCCAUUGAAGUUUUCAAACAUCUAAGAUUUGACAUAGGAAUGGUGAAUCCUUUCCCUGCUCAAAUGAUUUUGGAUCAAAGCACUUUAUGAAUAUAAAAGUAUGUGUACUGACACCUUACACAGUAUGUUGGUAUGCUGCUCAAGUGCAAUAUCACUGAAUGUUUACAUGUGGAUGAACAUUAAAAGGUACAUAUCAGGAG